AUGAAUGCUCAGAGAUUCAGAAAUCCUUCUACUACUAAUGAUACUCAAACGAUAUUAAAUACAUUCCUAGAUGAUAUCAAUUAUAAUAACGUAAACUCACUUCCAUGCAAUAAUGACCCACGACUUCUUGCAAGUCGAUCAAGACGUGGCCGAAGAAUUCAAAUGCUAACAGGAAAAAUUUUAAUGAAACGUAACGUUUUCCGUGAAGCUUAUAGACUAAACAUACGUAAUCGAUAUCUAAUUAAUCUGGCGGUGGACACCAUUUGGAACUUACGAUUAACACCUUAUCAAAGAGGUCGAUUUAUAAUUCUAGCAACUAGCGCGAAUAUUAUCAACCAAUUCACUGUUUCACGAACUCGUUUGAUACAUAAUCCUAAUACUCAAAUAACUACCCAUCGAGAUACCAACGAACUUGAGCAAAGUAUUUUCAACGGAAUCAACUUUAACGACGACGAUAGCUUUGAUUCUUUAAUUCUACCUGCUGGAAGCUUUUCAGGUCCUUCUCCUUUCCCUUGA